AUGCCUGACAAAGACGCCGGCACUCCUCGUGUCUUCCUCAUCCGCCACGGCGAGACCGAGUGGUCCAUGUCCGGCAAGCACACAGGCAAAACCGACAUCCCCCUGACCGCACACGGCGAAUCUCAAGUCCGCAGCACCGGCGCCAUCGCCGUCGGAAACAACAAACUCAUCGACCCUUCCAAAAUCGGUAUGUGCUGGGUAUCUCCUCGCACGCGUGCUCAGCACACCUUCUCCCUGCUCUUUGGCGACGAGCAAGAAGCUGCCCUCAGAGAUCAGGGCAAAGUGCAGACCACCGAGCAACUCGGUGAAUGGGAUUAUGGCGCCUAUGAAGGCCUCAAGCCCGCCGAGAUUCAUGACUUGCGCAAGUCCAAGGGCUUGGACACCGAGCGCAAGUGGGAUAUCUGGCGUGAUGGAUGCGAGGAUGGCGAGUCGCCUGAUCAGGUGGCUGCACGUAUUGAUGAGUUGAUUGUCAAGAUCAGAGAACUGCAAGGUCCCAACAUGAAUGGCGAACAGCCUUGUGAUGUUGUUCUGGUCGCUCACGGCCAUCUCACGAGAUGUUUCGCCAAGAGAUGGUUAGGCUACCCUCUAGACAUGAACCUCAACUUGAUGAUGGAACCCGGCGGUGUUGGUGUGUUGAGUUACUCUCACCACAAGGUUGACGAGCCGGCUCUCCUCCUCGGUAUUGGUUUCCCUGCCCAGUCAUAA